AUGGACCUGACAGGAGACCUGGAGGUACUGCGGGGCCGGGCCUUCGUGCUGAAGGAGGGGGUGGACUACAGGGUGAAGGUGUCCUUCAAGUUUGAUGAGGGACGGACAGACUUCCCUGUGGACCUGGCACAGGGGCUGGAUGCGGCCGAGCUCACCCAGCUGCUCCGUGUCCACAGCCUGGAGCUGGUGAUGGAGUUCACCAAGGAGACCUCCAGCCAGAUCUUCAGUGCCAAGAUCCCCCACCACAUGCUGCUCUUCCUCAACAAGUCAUCAUCAUCGCAGCUGGAGCUGCAGGAUGGCUUCCGGGUGGCCGCCGGCGCCUUCCGGGGCAAGGUGCUCUUCGUGGUGGUGGAUGUGACUGGGUACGGCGCCGAUGUCCUGCCCUUCUUUGGCCUGACGCCCGCUGACGCCCCCACCCUGCGCCUAGUCAAGAUGGAGAACAACCGCAAGUACCAGAUGGACCAGGACUCCUUCUCAGACACAGCCAUACGCACCUUCAUCGAAGCGGUGCUGGACGGCAAGCUGAAGCCCCAUCUGCUGAGCGCGGAGCCCCCCGAUGACUGGGACACGCGGCCCGUCAAGGUCCUGGUGGGGAAGACCUUCGAGCAGGUGGCGUUCGACGAGACCAAGAACGUCUUUGUCAAGUUCUAUGCACCCUGGUGCUCCCACUGCCAGGCGAUGGCGGCCGCUUGGGAGGAGCUGGGUGAGCGCUACAAGGACCACGAGGACAUCGUCAUCGCCAAGCUGGACUCCACGGCCAAUGAGCUGGAGAACAUCACCGUCAACGGCUUCCCCACCCUGAACUACUUCCCCGCAGGGCCGGGCAGGAAGAUGGUUGAGUACAAGGGCGCCCGAGAUGUCGAGACCUUCUCCAAGUUCCUGGAAAACGGAGGGGUGCCCGAGACCCCCGAGAACGGCACGGACACGGAGGAGCCGAGUCCGCUCGGGACAGCUGAGUCCCGGGAUGAGCUGUGA